AUGUCUGGUAAUCAAUUUAGAAUAAUCGUUGGUUCGUAUGAACAUAACUUGUUAUGUUUGUCGCUAAAUUUGGAUAUGAGUGAGCCGUUAUUCACACCAAUUUUCCACUUUCAAGCACACUCUUUAAGCAUUAAAUGUCUAGAUAUCUCAAGAAGAUACCUUGUAUCUGGUUCUAAUGAUGAGCAUAUCAAAAUAUAUGACUUGCAGAAAAGAAAGGAACUGGGCACUUUGUUUAAUCAUAAUGGGUCGAUCACAAGUUUGAAAUUUUCUAGAGCUAAAGAUGUUGGUGGGAAUGGCACGCCCCAAAAUAAUAAGUGGAUGCUGUCAGCAUCUGAGGACAACAAGAUAGUUAUUUGGAGAGUUAAAGAUUGGGAAAAUUUUGGUAUACUCAAGGGUCAUACGGGAAGGAUUAAUGAUUUGGAUAUCCAUCCUUCGAAUAGGGUGGCUGUAAGUGUUAGUGAGGAUCAUACAAUCCGGUUAUGGAACCUUAUGACAGCAAAGAAGGCAGCGAUUUUAAAACUCAAAAAAUACAACCAAAAUGGCAAGUUCGUGAGAUGGUGUGGCAAUGGAGAAUUCUUUUUGGUAGCUUUAGCAAACAAGAUCUUGUUAUACAAUACGGCUACUGCCAAGGUUCACCGUGAAAUUGACACUGGGAGAAAAACUGUAAUGCAUGUUGAGGUCGAGACCAUCGAUGAUAAAGAGUUCGUCUGUGUUGGCCUAAACGAUGGUAAUGUCCAAUUUUGGGAAACUUCCAAUCUAUAUAAGGAUUUUAAGGAGGAUGAACCACCCCAAGAACCAGUAUUUUCCCUUCGUGGCCACAGUAACCGUGUUAAGGACUUCAAGUUUUAUAAGAACGAAUUCGGUCAUUACUUGGUCACCAUCAGUUCAGAUGGUAAAGUGGUUGUAUGGGAUCUAUCUAUAAAAGAUCAACUUGCAGUCUAUGAUUGCAGUGAACGGUUGAACUGCUUAGCGGUAUGCAACGAAAGCGUUGAGAAGUAUGACACAGUCAAGAAAAGAACCUUGGAGGCAUCUGAAUUUGAUGAACAGAGUGAGGCAGAGGCAGACACUGAGGAAUUGAAGCAAAUCAUGCUUGGCAGGCCAAAAAAGAAGAACAAAAGUAAAAAGAAAAAGAACAAGGUUUCCAUAGAAAUAGAAUAA